CUGGUGUCACCGCCACCGCCACACCACCGCCGGUGACACCAACACCGCCACACCGCCACCGGUGACACCGACACACCAACACUGGUGACACCGACACCGACACACCGCCUGCGUCCGCUGCCCGGGAACAUGCCGCUGCUGAAGAAACCCCCCAAAGAGGAGGAGGAAGAGGAGGGCGACCCCUUCGCCGCGCACCCCGAGAGCCGCUACCGCCGCCGGGCCACCCUGGAGCGCCUGGUGGGGUUGGCACCCUUCGCCCGCGCCCGCCGGCCCCCCACCAAAGACGGGGGGUCCGGGGCGGGGGGCCGGGCGCGGCGGCGGUCGGAGGAUUUCGGGUUGCUGCGGAGGCUGCCGGGGAGGAGGAAGGCCAGCGCGGAGGCGUUGGGGGAGAGGCCGGUGGUCCCCAAGCGCGGCUCGCUGCUGAGGCUGGCCUGGGGGGCGCGGGGACGGCGGGGGUCCGCGGGAGAGCGGCCGCCCGAGGAGGAGGAGGAGGAGGAAGGAGAGGGGCGACGCGACGGGGACGGCGGCGGGGGACGGCGGCCGGAGGGGCGCGGGAAGGACAGGGAGCCGCUGUCGGUGCUGGAGAUCCUGGAGCUGAUCCAGCGGCGGGAGCUGGUGGCGGCCGACGAGCAGAUCAUCGCGCUGGAAGCGGAGUGCGCGGCGGCAGCGGCGGCGGCAUCAUCAUUGGUGGCAUCAUCGGCACCCGUGGUCCCUGCGGGCGGGCGGCAGGCGCGGGACGUGGCGCUGCUUUACCGGGCGCUGCUGGCGCAGCUCUGGGCAGUGCUGGGCGAAGCCGUGCCCGCCGGGCGCCCGUACCCGCCGUUACGCUCCGUGAUCCGCGUGCUGGAGCGGGAGGAAGAGGCCGACGCGCGUCACGCGCCGGGCACGCUGGGACGACCGCGCGGCUUGCGUCGGCGGUGGCGCGAGGCGGUGGGGCGGGCGGCGGGCGAGAGGUUGGCGCAGGCGGCGGCGGCGGGCGCGGGGCUGGGCGAACGGCUGACGGCGGUGGCGGCGAGGAUGGUGGGGGACCUGGGGGUGGUGCGGCGCCACGUGGCGCCCACGUACCCCCCCGCGUACGACGCCUUCGGGGUCUACGCCCGCGGGUACCACCGGGCGCUGGCGCAGCAGCUGGGCGCCGUGGCGCAGAGACCCCUCGCCGUGCCCGACCUCUACCUGCUGCUCGACUGGCACAGCAACGCCUACCCCAGGGAGGUGCUGGGGCACCCCGAGGUGGGGGCCCUGCUGCAGGCGCAGGCGCUGGGACCCCCGCUGCCCCCCGAGACCCAGCGCAGCCUCGAGAGCUCCUGCAUCGCCGCCGUCAAGGCGAAGGUGGAGGUGGCGGUGGCGCAGGAGCUGCAGCUGAGCGAGGACACGUGGGCGGAGGAGGCCACCAGCCAGGAGCUGCAGGAGGGACUGGCCACCCGCGUCACCGCGCUGCUGCGGGCGCACGUGGACCGAGCCCCCCAGAUCACCCCCGAAUUUGGCAUGGAGAUGGCGCACAGCCUCCUGGGCGUGCUGGUGGCCUUCCUGCACAGUUUCCAGCGGAAGGUGGAGCAGUUCCUGGAGGCCCCCGGCGAAGCCACCCCACCUGACGGUGCCACCGGCCGGGCCAUCGUCCUGGUCAACUGCUGCCCCCCCUUCAGGACCUUCACCGAGCACCUGGCGCAGUUUGGGCACCCGGAGAGCGAGGAGCCCCGGCGCCAGGCCCACGCUGCCCUGGACAAGGUGACCCGGCUCUGCAACCACGUCCUCACCCAGCGCCUCUUCGAGGACCUCAAGCCCUACUUCAACAAGCUGAUGAAGCGCAAGUGGCUGACGAGCUCCGACGCCUUCGACACCAUCGUGAUGCUCAUCACCAGCUUCACCCAGAAGCUGCGCCCGCUGCGCCCCGAACCCUACCAGGUGCUGGUGAGCGAGGUGCACCGACGGGUGCUCAUCGAGUACGUGCGGCCGCUGCUCCAGGUCCGCUUGGUCUGCACCUCGGCCAAGAUGCGCGCGCGGGUGGCCGCCCGCCUCGGCGACGAAGCCCGCCAGCUCCGCGAGCUCUUCAACCGCUUGGAUUCCGCCUCGCCGUGGUUGGAUUCGGUGGUGCCGCGGUUGAGGGAGCUGCUGGUGCUGGAGGACACGGCGGCGCUGCAGAUGGAGGUGGGCGUCCUGGUGAGGGACUUCCCCGACGUCCGGAGGAAGCACGUGGCGGCGGUGCUGGACGUGCGGGGUCUGCGGGGCCAGGCGGCGCGGCAGGAGAUCCUGGGGGUGGUGCGGGACCUGGAGCAGAGCGACGCCGAGCCGGGGCUGCCGCGCCAACGUGCCUUCUUCUCCGAGCUGGCGGUGACCCGCGAGGUGCGAUGUCUCCCCUUCCACCUCCCGCGCCUCGCGCGCCUCUCCCACCUGCGCCUGCGCCGCCCGCACCCCCGCCCGCGGCCCUGAGCGCCCGCCAGACCGGGGUGCGUGCCUCCCUUGGACGUGGGUGCAACGCUGCACCCCAAAAUCGGGGUGCAACACUGCGCCCAAAAUCGGGGUGCGUGCCUCCCUUGGACGUGGGUGCAACGCUGCACCCCAAAAUCGGGGUGCACGCCUCCCUGGGACGUGGGUGCAAUGCUGCACCCCAAAAUCAGGGUGCAACACUGCGUUCCAAAAUCGGGGUGCAUGCCUCCCUUGGACGUGGGUGCAACGCUGCACCCCAAAAUCGGGGUGCAACACUGCGCCCAAAAUCGGGGUGCAUGCCUCCCUGGCAUGUGGGUGCAACGCUGCACCCAGAAUUGGGGUGCGUGCCUCCCCUGGACAUGGAUGCAACACUGCACCCAAAAUUGGGGUGCGUGCCUCCCUUGGACGUGGGUGCAAUGCUGCAACCCAAAUCUGGGUGCAAUGUUGCAUCCCAAAAUCGGGGUGCAUGCCUCCCUUGGACAUGGGUGCAACGCUGCACCUGAAAUCGGGGUGCAUGCCUCCCCCGGAGCUGGGUGCAACGCUGCACCCGAAAUGUGGGUGCCUACCCCCCCCAAGCGGGGUGCAUCGCCCCGGCCGUGCUCGGAGCCCCCCAGGACCGUGUAUAAACGGUGUCG